AUGGAUGUGCAUGACUUGAAGAAGGAAAUACAGCAGAGACUUCAAAACAGAAAGUAUUUGAUUGUACUGGAUGAUGUCUGGGAGCAAGAUAUAUACUUCCAGAUACAUGAUGCUCUCCAUGAUCUCCCAGGCAGUCGGAUUAUCAUUACGACACGGAAGGAUCAUGUCGCCGGAAUUUCUUCUCCCACCCGUCACCUUGAGCUUGAGCCAUUGAGCCAGUCUGAUGCAUUUGACCUCUUCUGCAGAAGGGCUUUUUACAACCGGGAGGGGCACAUAUGCCCCAAGGAUUUUGAGAUGAUAGCUACUUCUAUAGUUGACAGGUGCCGUGGCCUACCUCUAGCAAUUGUUACCAUUGGUGGCAUGUUGUCUUCAAGACAACGGUUAGACAUUUGGACUCAAAAAUACAAUCAACUUCGAAGCGAGUUGUCAAACAAUGAUCAUAUCCGAGCAAUUUUAGAUCUGAGCUACCAUGAUCUUCCAUACAACCUCAGACUCUGCUUCUUGUACUGUUGUCUCUUUCCUGAAGACUACCACAUGUCACGUGAAAGCCUUGUGCGACUGUGGGUUGCAGAAGGCUUUGUGCGGAGUAAAGAUAAAAAAACACCGGAGAUGGUGGCUGAGAGCUAUCUCAUGGAACUGAUCCACUGCAAUAUGCUUCAAGUCGUGGAGUAUGAUGAGCUUGGCAGGGUUAAUACUUGUAAGAUGCAUGAUAUUGUGCGUGAACUAGCUAUUUCUGUUGCUAAAGAAGAGAGAUUUGCUUCAGCAGAUGAUUACGCCACAAUGAUAUUGGUACAGCAGGAUAAGGAUGUUCGUCGUCUGUCAUUAUGUGGAUGGAAAGACCACAGAGCAGUGAAAAUUAAACUUCCACAUCUCCGAACAGUACUGUCACUCGGAGGAACUGCGUCCUCCCCUGGCAUGUUGUCAUCAAUUUUGUCUGAGUCUAUCUAUCUUACAGUUCUCGAGCUUCAAGACUCUGAAGUCACUGAAGUGCCAGCAUCCAUAGGGCGUUUGUUCCAUCUACGUUACAUUGGCUUACGAGGCACCAAGGUCAAAUCACUCCCCAAUUCUAUCGAGAAUCUGUCUAACCUCCACACUCUGGACAUCAAGCAAACCCAAAUAGAGAAGCUACCACGAGGGGUUGUGAUGAUCAAGAAGCUGCGGCACCUUUUAGCCGAUAGAUAUGCUGAUGAGAAGCAGACAGAGUUCCGGUACUUUAUUGGAGUGCAAGCACCUAAAGGGCUGUCCAACUUGGAAGAACUGCAAACUCUCGAGACUGUGCAGUCCAGUUUUGAGUUGGCCGAGCAGCUGAAGAAGCUGGUGCAACUAAGCAGUUUGUGGAUUGAUGACAUUAGUGCUGACGACUGUGCAAAUCUUUUUGCUACCCUGUCAACUAUGCCACUUCUUUCGAGCUUGCUUCUUUCUGCAAGGGAUGAGAAUGAGGUGCUUUGCUUCGAGGCUCUCAAACCAAGGUCUACAUAUCUGCACAGGUUGAUUACCAGAGGACAAUGGGCCAAGGGAACACUAAAUUGCCAGAUCUUUUUCAGCCAUGGGAAAAACCUCAAGUAUCUAGCUAUAAGCUGGUGUCACCUUGUGGAAGAUCCACUGGGGAUGCUGGCACCGCACAUGCCAAACCUCACAUAUCUUAGACUGAACAACAUGUACAGUGCAAAAACUUUGGUUCUGUCUAAAGACUCCUUUCCCAACCUGAAGACGCUAGUCUUAAAGCACAUGCAUGAUGUCAGUGAGCUAAAAAUCAUUGAUGGCGCUCUUCCCUGCAUUGAUGGUUUGUACAUUGUGUCGCUGUCCAAGCUUGAUAAAGUCCCUCAAGGCAUUGAAUCCCUUCGCUCCCUUAAGAAGCUCUGGCUGCUGAGCUUGCACAAGGAUUUCAGAACUCAAUGGGACACUGAAGGGAUGCAUCUGAAGAUGGUACAUGUUCCAGAGGUUCGUGUGUAG